ACACACAAAGGUUCCGCCCCUCCACUGUGACUCUUGACUAUCCUGAUCCUACCCCUUACCUUAGCUUUGUAUGGUAUCUCCAGUGGAUCAAACUUCAUCGCUCUGGCUGGGGACUUGUUUUUUUGGUCCCUGAUGGGCUUAGAGUAUGAGCAUCUGCAGGGGCCACGCAAUGAGGACUCUAUGGACCCGAUUCUCUUCCAGAUGUUCUCUCCCAGUGACUGUGUCCUGGCCGGAAUUCCUCGGGACUCGGACAGUUCUCUUGUGUCCGUUCAUACUCCCGGAUCAUCUUCUCCAAGGGAAUGUGCACUGCAGAGUCUUAACAAGUCAGACAAGCAGCUGACUGUCAGUGUUGUCUCACCAAAGCCAUGGAGUCUGGGUGUGGUUCAUAAGAUCAACUCAGAUUCUCAGAAACUGAAAAAUGAUGAAAAGGACCUCCUGAAGAAUCGACAUAUCAGUUUCAAGAAAUUGCUGAGCUCUGAGGAGGUCCUUACCUCGAGCCUGAAGCUGAAUGCGAUUUCAAAGGGGAGCAUGACCAAAAGCCGGAAUGUGAACAAGAAUAGGAGCCGGAGUCGCAGCCUUAGCCCGAGUUCGAAACCCUUGAUAGAGACCAGUGACCAGAGGAGCUUGGAGACAGACAAUUUCAAGGCCCAAGGUAAGGUCUCCACUGUCAUGAUUCCUGAUUCACAAAAACUCUUAAGGAUAGACUUGGAUUCCCUGAAAAAUCAGCUUCAAGCCCAGACCAAAGCCUUUGAGUUCCUGAACCACUCUGUGACCCUUCUGGAGAAGGAAAGCAGCCAUCAGAGGGUUAAAAUCCAGGAGCUAGAGGUAAUGAGCAUGUCUUGCUACCCAGCCCAGGAUGACCUCAUUAGAAGAGGAGCAGAACUAGGACGACAGGAGCUGUGGCGGGCAUUGGCUCGGGGCCUGCAGGAGGUGAAGGAAAAUCUUCGGGGGAGUGAAGAGGCCCAGAGGGGCCGGACCACCCGCUCUCUAUUACAGCUGGGCCAGGAGAUUCGGGAAAGCAAGAAGUUCCUGUGGGAGGAGCUGGAAGUGCUGCAGGAAGAAGUGACCUACAUCCAUCAGAAACUCAAAUCGCAGGAAGAAGAAAUCAACAAAAAUCUGGUGAACAUUAAAAAGAUGCAGAAGAAUCAGGUGAAAUGUCGAAAGGUACUAACAAAGAUGAAACAGCAAGGGAGCAUGGUAUCUGAGGAGGAUUUGAAGAACAAGGAUUCUUGGGGGGAGGAGGAGCUGGAGGAGGAGCUGAAUGACAUAUGGUCAGCAGUGAACACUCUCGAGAAUGCCAUUGAAAGCUUAUCCCUGACCAGAAUCAAAAGCCGAGGAACCCCCAAGGGACGGAAGGGACGUCGCUGUGUGAGUCCGCUGCCAACACCUGCCUGGGCGACAGAUUCGGAUUCAGAUGCCAACCCACCUCACUGCCCGUAGCCGAUAGCCUUGACCCAUGCAAGACUCCUUCAGCUGAGCUGCUGGGACCUACCUACUCAAGGGAAGGGAGGCCUCCCUGAGGGGAGCCUCAGCUCCCAAAAUCCCCUAAGAGAGAAAAUAAAAUAGGAGUGAGACCUUCCCCAA